AUGAUCAAAUACAAGCUAGCUACAUCGAUCAAGUGGUUGAAGCUUCGAUCUAAGUUGAUCACUACCCAAAACUUGACGGAAGCAAGUGCUCUGAAUUUAUGUCGUGCUGAGGAAAUCACAGAAAGGCAUCCGUCAACCGUGGGUCAAUCAAGUGUAGAGGUUAAUAUGGUGAAGAAAGAAAAAAUGAAGUGCAAAUUCUGUGGUGGUAGGCACGAUUUUACUAAAGGUGUUUGCCCGGCACUAGGGAAAAGGUGCAACCGAUGUGGUGGAAAAAACCACUUUGAAAAAGUGUGCAGAGCUGAGCGAAAGAAGCAGUUUAAGAAGAAGCUCCGUGUUAAGAAAGUGGAUGAAGAUAGCAGCUCCGGCAGUGAAUCGCCAGAAAGCAGUGGAAAUGAAAACACUGAAUUAGACUAUGGUGAAGAUGUGUCUAUCGGUAAAAUCAUCGACAGGUCCGGCAGUGGCGGACAUGUUUUAGCGGAUUUGGAUUUAUUCCUUGCUGGCAAAUGGCAGGUAGUACGAUGCGAAUUGGAUACUGGCGCGAAUACAAGCCUUGUGGGACACGAUUGGUUGGAAAAGAUGACCGAAAACAGCAAAAUCGAGUUGUUACCAUCCACGUAUCGCCUGCAAGGUUUCGGUGGCAGCAACAUUCCAGUUAUUGGGCAGGUGAAAAUUCCAUGUCAGAGAAAAGGUCGUAAGUAUAACCUUGUUUUACAAGUAGUUGAUGUCAGCCAUGGACCACUUCUAUCGGCAAAUGUUUGCCGCAUACUGGGUUUUGUAAAGUUUUGUAAUACGGUGAAGUUCACGGCGCCAAAAUCAAAACAAGAACUGUUGAACAUUUACCGUGUGAAAGCUCAGGAUAUCGUUAAGCAACACGAAGAGGUUUUUCAUGGUAUCGGUAAAUUCUCUGGAACCGUCUCUCUGGAGGUAAGCCCAGACAUUACACCUUCGAUACAACCUCCUCGAAGAGUGCCAAUUGCGAUGAGAGAAAAGCUGAAAGAGGAGCUAAAGAACCUCGAGUGCGAUGGGGUAAUCGUGAAGGAGACUCAACACACCGACUGGGUCAGCAACAUCGUUUUGGUGAAACGCAAGGAGCAGAAGUCAGAGUCCGUUCGGAUUUGUCUCGAUCCGAUUCCACUAAACAAAGCGCUUAAACGUCCCCAUCUUCAGUUCACUACCAUCGAUGAAAUUUUACCUGAGUUGGGAAAGGCAAAGGUAUUCUCAACAGCAGAUGCUCGUAAAGGGUUCUGGCACGUGGUACUGGACGAACGUAGUAGCCGGUUGACGACUUUUUGGACUCCGUUUGGUCGCUACAGGUGGACUCGCCUACCUUUUGGAAUCGCUCCUGCUCCGGAUAUUUUCCAAAUGAAGCUACUGGAAGUGAUUGAAGGGCUACAUGGAGUAGAAUGCAUUGCCGAUGAUUUGCUGAUUUAUAGAAUCGGUGACACGCUGGAGGAAGCUUUGGAGAACCACAAUGUCUGCUUGGAGAAGUUGUUGGUUCGCUUAGAGAAGUGCAAUGUGAUGUGA